GUGGAUAAUGAACAACUGAAUUUAGAGAGUGAAGCCAUUGAAAACAUUGAUGACACCAGAUUAAGCCGUUUUAUAGAGAUCAACAGUCUCCACUUUGUGACAGAGUACAACCCUGUGACUGUGAUUGGCCUAUUUAAUAGCAUGGUUCAGAUUCAUCUUCUCCUGAUGAUGGACAAGGCCUCCCCAGAGUAUGAAGAAAGCUUGCACAGAUACCACAAGGCAGCUAAGCUCUUCCAGGGGAAGAUACUUUUUAUUCUGGUGGACAGUGGUGUGAAGGAAAAUGGGAAGGUGAUAUCAUUUUUCAAACUAAAGAAAUCUGAACUGCCCGCUUUGGCAAUUUACCGGACUCUAGAUGAGGAGUGGGAUACACUGCACGUGACAGAAGUUUCAAUAGAGGGCGUGCAAAACUUUUGUGAUGGAUUCCUAAAAGGGAAAAGGCUGAGUGAAAAUCAUGACUCAGAAGAAAAGACUCAAAAGGUGGAACUCUAAUUUUCCCCCAAUACUUCCGCAUACCAACAAGCAUCUACUUCAUGCUGAAUGAAGAGGGGCAACUCAAACCUCAGGGACACUAAACAACAAAAUCACCAGGCCCUACACACACACACACACACACACCCCUCCAUUUUGUUCCUUAAAAUCUCAUUUAUUCUCCUUGUCCUUUCUUUUAAUUUGCCUAUAUUCUCUCACUACCCAUGCAAUUUUCUCUUAUGCAUUCAUACCAUGUAGACCCAAAUGCUGUAGUACCACUAUGAUACCACUGGGUGGAGGCUUUAAGAGGAAUACAUACUGUGACACCAGCAUGAAGAGACAUGGCUCAAAGGAAAUUGUCCUGAUUUGUCAUUUAAUAUUGAACUUGGACACUGUACAUGACCUACACACAACAUAGUUUCUUCUCUAUAAGGGUUGAAACUCUACUUUCCUCAUAAGCACCUAUCCCCCUGGGCCCAAGAACAAAAGGGUUUUACACACCUUUGUGGAACUGUCUUUUUGCCAGAAGUCAAAUGAUGUUCCCAAGGUUCUGAACUCAGCAGAAACAGACCAUGUAAAAGUCUUUGCUUGUUUUGUGUUCCCAACUCCCCAUGUAAAUCAACAACUGCAUAAUAAAUAAAAGGCAAUGAUGUUAUAGGAAAA